GUCUAGGGUGGAGCCCCACCCCUAGAGUAUGAAAGCCCCCCUGCCGUGGCCCUGGCUCAGAGACUCAAUGGGGGCACUGGGACUGGAGGGCCGGGGCGGGAGGACCCAGGGAAGGGGCUGCCUUCUGCUAGCGGUGGCAGGAGCUACUGCGCUGGGGACCCUGGUGCUGGCUGUGCCUACCACUGUCCUGGCUGUGCUGGCUUUGGUUCCCCAGGAGCAGGGAGGACUGGUAACGGAGACCACUGACCGAGGGGGACACACCCAGCAACAACUGGGGUCCCAAGAGCUGCCGGAGGAGGUGGAAGAAGAGGAGGAGGAGGAGGAAGGGGAGGAGAAACAGGAGGAUGAAGAAACAGAUCUCAGCCCCAGGUUCCCGGCUGCCCACCUCAUAGGUGCUCCGAUGAAGGGGCAGGAGUUAGGCUGGGAGGCGAAGAAAGAAGAGGCAUUUCUGAGGAACGGGGCGCAGUUCUCCGGCGCCGAGGGGCUGGCGCUCCCGCAGGGCGGCCUCUAUUACCUCUACUGUCAGGUCGGCUACCGGGGCCGGGCGCCCCCUGCCGGCCAGAGCCCCCUCAGCCACUCGGUGACGCUGCGCAGCUCGCUGUACCGCGCGGGGGGCGCCUACGGGCCCGGGACUCCCGAGCUGCUGUUGGAGGGCGCCGAGACCGUGACCCCGGUUCUGGGCGGGCCCGGGAGGCACGAGUAUGGCCCCAUCUGGUACACGAGCGUGGGCUUCGGCGGCCUGGUGCAGCUCCGCGGGGGAGAGAGGGUGUACGUCAACAUCAGUCACCCCCAUAUGGUGGACUACAGGAGGGGGAAGACCUUCUUUGGGGCGGUCAUGGUGGGGUGAGGGUCGCUUGGGAAAGCGACUGCAUGUGUGAAUCGGCCCAGAUAUUCGGGACCCAGAUAUUCGGGACCCCACAGCAGUGGGAAAAAUGGAGAUUCUGAAAACUGAUUUUGAGCCUGAUGAAAAUAAAGAAUGUAAACUUCUAGUGCUGCCAAUACA